AUGUUCUCUGCUGACAGUCAGCGUCAGGCGUUCGAAACCGCGCUCAAAGAUGUUGUAAAUUCGAAGAGACUCUCGCAGUCGAAAAUGACCACGCUCACAGAGAUGGCAAUGAAGUCUGUGGAGAAUGACACGCAAGUUGUGUCUAUAUUAUAUCGGACACAUAAAGCCCUACCGUCAGCAUCCAAGGGUGCCAGUCUUUAUGCGUUUGAUGCCCUUGCGCGUGCUGCACGUCACCAGGCAAACAAGAAACGCCUUGUCUUCGACCCCCGCGCGGUCAAGGGCAACAGCGUGACCUUCCUACGCAAGCUAGAAGGCAUCCUCGAAGGUUUCUUUCAGGAUGUGGUGGACGUUGGGAGUGCGGACUUGCGGGAAAAGGCCAAGAAGAUCCUAGACAUCUGGUCGAAGUCGGAGACGUUCCCUCCCAAUGUACUGACGCCGCUGUAUGCCACGUUGCGGGCAGCGGAAAUCGAGAAAGGUGCUUAUAUUUUGUCUAACUGUCCUGCCCAGUGCAGCCUUUCCCGCAAUCCAUUCAUAUUACCACUAUUUUGCGUGGCGAAUGUGAGAUGCAAACUGAAAUGUGGUUUUGUCCAUGUCAGCAAACGACCCACCCGAGCGACCCACCAGUCCUCCGCGUAA